UUCUCAUCGAUAGUUUUAAUGUGACGAAAAAAGGGAAAAAUAAAAACAUUUUUCUAUCCAUUUUUUUUGUGCAGCUUUAACCCCGACACCCUUAGUUAAACCACCGUCAAGAUUGUCUCCAGGAACCGACUGAAAGAAUUCUUCAGGAUGACUUUGGUGGGACUAGCAGCACGCAAGCUAGCCCAAAAACAAAGGUCGGCAAAACUGGCCGCCGCCUUCCCCAAUGGAGUACGCUGCCAGAAAUGCCUGCAAAUGGGCCACUGGAGCUACGAGUGCAAGGAGAAGCGCAAGUAUGUGCACCGCAGUUCACGUACAAAGCAGCUUAGCAAGCAUCUGGCAGAUAAAGAAGACGCCAUGGCCAACAAAACUGCUGCCGAGGCAGCUGCAGCCCAGGAAGCCAGUGCUGUGGCUGCUUCGAGCAAGAAAGAGAAACGCAAACGGAAGAAUAGCAACAGCUCUUCAUCCUCUAGUUCCUCAGGAAGCUCUGGCAGCAGUUCAGGGUCAGACUCCUCUGGCUCGGACUCCAGCGAUUCCAGCUCCGAUUCGGAUGAGGAUGGCAGUUCAUCAGGCGAAGAAUCCGGCUCGUCUAGCAGCUCCGGAUCCAGCUCAGAUAGCGACAGCAGCGAUGGCGAGGUGUCGAAGAAAAAGAAACGUGUAGACAGCUCAGGAGAAUCCUCGGACGGUGGUACCCAGGACCCAGAAUAAUUGAAGGCCAACAAUGGUUUUUAGCGCAUAGCUUUAGUAGUUUAGUUACUCUUUCGUUCUUU